AGCGCGCCCGGAAGCGUGUGCGAGGCGGUGCGGUGGAUGGAGGUCAACGAGGGUGUUCGGCUCACUAGUCUCGCGUCCUGGGGAGCAGGGGCUGCUGAACGUGGGUACCCGGGGCAAGAAGGGUGGCUGGGAAAGGAAGAGGUCGUCCGGGCCGGCGGGGCGAUUCCGCUGUAGGCAGUGAGCCCCAGAAAAGAGGGAAUGCGACUGGCAGAGUUGUUAAAAGAAACAUAAGGACAUGUAGGACCUUCUUGAAGAAGGUAAGGUUCUGCUGGGCUUCAUACAGAUAAGAUGAGUUACUGAUGUAGUCUGCAUUUGGCAAAGCUCACUCCUGUGUCUGUAGUGUUAAGAAGCUUCCCUGAGAAGCUUCCUGAAUGACUUUGGAAUCACUUGCUAGGAGUUUUAUCUCCCCUCUCCCCCAUUCCUAGCCAUCAUGGCAGUUCGCCUGGUGAAGCAGUGCACAUGUCUCUGGAGAGAAGCUACCCGCCUAGUCCCUACUGUGGCUCCAGUUGGGCGACUGAGACUUGCUGGGGUGGCACAUAAGGCUUUGACCUCCUCAGUCACCUCACCCAGUUCCCAGACCCCAAGUUCCCUGACGGAGCUGUUGAGAAAGGAACAAGUAUUUACUCCCUACCCAGAACAUCAAGAGGUGGACUACCUCAUUGAGAAAGCCACCAGGCCCGAGGAGCUGCUAGAUCUGCUUGGUGGUAACCACAAACUGCACCAUAAUCAUCCUGCCCUCAUUCUCAUCCAGAUCUCUUACCUGCUGUCUGAGAAACCAAAAGAAAAGGCCUUGCUCGUACAGGAUGCUCGCUUUAAGCAACUUACAGGUCUGGUCAACAGCCAGAUAGCUUCAGUCUGGCACGGGACCCUUGUGAAGCUGCUGCGGAGCAUGUACACACUGGCACUUCCACAGACCACCAAGGAGCUGCAGUCAGUGGAGCAGGAGGUGCGCUGGCGCCUGCGGAGGCUGAAGUACAAGCACUUGGUCUUCCUUGCUGAGUCCUGUGCUUCUUCCAUGCGGGAACACCACUCCCAAGAGCUGCUGGCUGAGCUGCUGAUGCAUCUGGAGAGGCGCUGGACAGAGAUCUCUGAUAGCCGCACCCUGGUGGUCAUGAUGAUGAAGGCAGGGUGCUUCUCAGAAUCAUUGAUGAACCGCCUGGAAGACAAGUGCCUGGAGCUGGUGGAGCAGUUUGGCCCUGAUGAGCUUCGGAAAGUGCUAGUGACGCUGGCAGCACAGAGCCGGCGGUCGGUGCCCCUGCUGCGGGCCAUCUCCUACCACCUGGUUCAGAAGCCCUUCGUACUGACAAAAGACAUGCUCCUGGACCUGGCCUACGCCUAUGGCAAACUCAACUUCCACCAAACCCAAGUGUCCCAGCGCCUGGCUGCUGACCUGCUAACCCUCAUUCCUAGCCUGACAUCUGGUGAGGUGGCCCGCUGCACCAAGUCCUUUGCUUUGCUCAAGUGGCUCAACCUGCCCCUCUUUGAAGCCUUUACCCAGCAUCUCCUGAGCAGAGCACAAAAUGUCUCCCUGUCUCAUCUAAGCAACAUGCUUCUAGCUUUUGCCCGUCUGAACUUCCAUCCAGAACAAGAGGAUCAAUUCUUCAACUUGGUACGUGAAAAGCUGAUACCCAUGCUGGGGAACCUGGAGCCAGCCCUGCAGGUGGACCUGGUAUGGGCACUUUGUGUGCUGCAGCAGGUGCAGGAGGCAGAGUUGCAAGCAGUUCUCCAUCCUGAAUUUCACACAAAAUAUCUAGGGAGCAAAUCUCCAAAGGACCAGAACAUCUUACAGAAGUUGGUCCAUAUCAACACCACUGCCCGGCUGGAGCACCCUGAGUACAAAGGUCCCUUCCUGCCAGCAUCGGCUGUGGCCCUCACUCCCUCAGCCUCUGACAAGAAGAUGACUCCCCUACAAAAGGACCUGCAGGAGACUCUAAAGGCACUGCUGGGGAGUGCUGACCGGGGCAGCCUGGAGGUGGCCACCCAGUAUGGCUGGGUGCUGGAUGCAGAAGUAGUCCUGAGUGCUGAUGGCCAGUUUCUGCCCCUGAGGGAUUUUGUUGCUCCUCACCUUAUCCAGCCAGUUGGGAGCCAGCCACUGCCUCCAGGGGCUAAGAGAAUUGCUUUCCUGCGCUGGGAAUUCCCCAACUUCAGCAGCCGAAGCAAGGACUUGUUAGGCCGUUUCAUCCUGGCCCGUCGACAUGUGCUGGCUGCAGGCUUCCUGGUAGUAGAUGUCCCAUACUAUGAGUGGCUGGAACUCAAGUCUGAAUGGCAAAAAGGUGCCUACCUCAAGGACAAGAUACGUAAAGCAGUGGCUGAAGAGCUGGCCAAAUGAUCAUUUCCUGUCAGGACUGCAUGCCAGGGGCCAGCUGCCCAGUGAAUGCUGGGCAGGCCAGAGGUACCGCCCUUGAGGAUGAACAUCUCUGCAGGAUCUUGGCCUGAGUGGGGGUACCAGAAGCUCCAAGGGACAGCUGGUCCUCUCUUGGGCAAUAAAUCUUUAAUUUUGUUCAAAACCAA